AUGCACAAAGUAAAAUACAGCACAGUGAAGAUAAAAAUUUGUGAUACUAAAGUGAACACCUACAUCGUUUUCAAAUCCAAUGAUAAUCCAUAUCGUUUACACCAUCUCAAGAGGCUCUCGGACAAAAGCAGCUUUCGUCAGCGCUCAUGUCAAGACCUCUCUGGCAAAGUGUGCAAAGCAAAGCCUACGGGAGCUCACCAGCCCUGUGGGGAGCCUGUGGAAGAUGCUACUCCUGCCAUGUCCUCAUCAACUUCUCCAGCUCCUCUGACCCUGCAUCCUCUAUCUCUGGCCUCCACCCUGUCAGCAGAACAUCAAAAAGACCAAUCUGACUUGAGUAGAAUCCCACUGGGCACUGUCACAAAGAGCUCAUCUCCAGGUAACUCUUCUCUGGCAUCCCCCAUUCCAGCCAUCUCAGCCCUUGGUGGCUCAAGUUGUCCCAUUAAGUGCCUGUCCUGGUGGUGGGCGACUACCAAGGCCUUGUUCUUCCCCACCUCAUGGCAGCAUAAGUCCCAGCAAGAGCACCUGUCUUGUCACCCACAAGAGGCAUCAUUUUGGGGAGACCUCACAGAUAGGCAAGUAGAGACUACUAAUCCUUCAUUUGUCAACCCUGAUGUCCAGAAGCUGUUGGAGAUACUGAUCACCAAGAGAGUAGAAGUGAAGAUUUGGAAAGAGAAGGAAAAGGGUGGGUCAUUUUCAAAACAAGUGAGCUCAGACUGCCACCUGAACUCUUUGGGGAAUAUGUGGAAAUCUCUGGAUUCUGAGCAGGACAUCACAACCCCUCAAUCCUUCUGGGGCAUGAAGGACAAAGCAGAGCAGGUGCCCGGUCCUCAGCAGCUCUCACAUUCCAAUUUCUUGGGGGACGAUAUACAGCAGAAAUGCAGCCAACUCUUCUGGGGUCUUCCCUCUCUGCACAGCGAGUCCUUGGUGGGUACUGCCUGGGUGCCUAGGAGCUCCUCUCAGCUACAGGUUCCUUUUGUUUUAUUCAAUGGAAUCUCUAACUGCUUUUCAGUUCCAGUUCAGCCUGGAACACCUUCAGGGCUUUCCCAGGCCUCACCCUUGCCCCUCCCUGGGGCCCAAACCCAAACUUUGACUGGAAAGUUGACCCAGUCCCAGCUCCAACCUCUGGCUCAGAUCCAGACCCAGACCCAUUUCACCUCCUCCCUCCCAAUCCAAUUACCUUCUUCUCUGCCCAAGUUAAGGCCCUCUGGGGCAUCCUGCCAGAUACUCCAGAAUAAGGCACAAUCUUUCAUCCCAACUGAAAUUCAACAUUUAGAUUGGCCUUUGUUGCAGAAGCAACUGAAAAAGAAGAGGGCUUUACCUUUUGCUGCCAAAAGAUCUCAAGAAGUCUUCAGCCAACUCACUCCCAACCUUUCCCAGGACAGUGGAGCCUCCCACAGGUCAGAUUCCAUUCUUCAUAGGGACUUUAUCAGCCCUAAUCUUGAGAAGCAACAUAUUCAAAAGAGGCUCAUCAAAGAUGAACACCUGGAUGGUCUGCACUUCAGGAUCCAAGGGUCUCUGGAACUGAUGCAGGCUCAGGGCCAAUCCCCAGGAUUGUGUCAGGCACAGGAAAAGCAGGGGCCCUUGCAGUUCUCUGCAUUUACAGGUGAGAGCAACCACUCACAGAAGAUAAAGUCCAGGUACACUAGAAGAUCCCAUAAGAAGGGUAUGUUAACAUUACAGCUAGCUGAGGACUUCAGCAGGGGUCUACAGAAACGUAUGAAGAGGAUCCAGAAAGAUCCCUCUAGAGGCUCAGCCAGCUUCCCAAUGAAGAUUCUGAGAAUGAACUCCAAGAAGGAAUUGAAAAGAUACUUGAAGCCCUCAGAGAGCAUCUUAGGAAGUUGCUUACCCAGGGGCCCAGGUAAGAAACAUCUAGAAGAAAUCUUGAAAGCACACUUGGUUAGGAAGUCAGAGCAGAUCAACCAGGGUUUGAUCCCUGUGAGUGUACGUCGGUCCUGGCUUGCCACCAGCAAUGCUUUUCUCAAGUGUCACACUCACAUGGAAACCAGAAAUCGAGCAUCUUUGAAGGGUCGGGAUUGCUGCGUAAACACCACCUGUGAGAUUUCCAUCCUCAGUCCACACAUUCGACAGGUGCUGGAAGCACACAUUAUACGGUUUCGUGUGAGGAAGAGGUGGGGCCUACCCCUCCAGGCCUUUGAGUCCAUAAAUCUGAAGCUAAGUGAGGCUCAACAGUUUCCCCUUCCACAAUCUCCCCCGCCCCCCUCAGCCACCUGUGUAUCCGGGGCCUACUCAAAAACCAAGUUCACUAAGGUCUUGGGAAAACCUCCUCAGCCCAUUCUGAGAGAGAAAGUUAAAACAAAAGAGUCAUUUCCCACCUCAGCAAGUCGUCUUCUUGCCCCCUCACCUGCUUGUGAGGAAAUCCAGAGGGUACUGGGAGAGACCCCAGCUAGCGAUGGCCAUGGGCCCACACAGGCCCUUCUGACUAGACAAAAGGGAAGGCUACCUUCUCAGUCCCUCACACUCAGCCUCAUGUACAGAACCCAGCAGAUUGGAGCCGUCGUGGGGGUUGAGAAAAGGAACCAAGAGCCGAGUCCAAGUUCAGCGGUAACCAGAAAUGAGCCAAGGGAGGAGAGAGGAGGUCAGGCCUCAGGACACCCCUGCCAUAAGAUAGCAAUAAUGGAAAUGAACUUAGGGUCCAAAUCUUCAGAGGCUGAAGAGACCAGGGAGACAGUGGAAGCUGAGGAGACUCCUACUUGGGAAGUCAUUGUAAGACCCAGUGUUCCAGCCAACUCCCAAACCAUUAAUACGGAUCUGAGGAGAUUAGGGUCUCCAGGGCCCAGUAAAAGCCAUUUACCUCCUACAAAGUCGGUUGCCCAGGAUCCAGAAGAGUCAUAUGUUAAAACAAAGAUUGCUAGGAAGUUUGAGCUCCGAAGGAAGAUGGAGUCAGAUAACCAGCCUCAAGGCCAUGCUACUGGCAUGCUCCUUCAAGACUGUCACACUGAUGUCCUCCUUCAAGACUAUGCCACUGGCAUGCUCCUCCAAGACUGUGCCACCAGUGUGCUCCUCCAAGACACUCAUACUGAUGUGCUCCUUGCUGCAGACAUCUUAGCUUCUCACAUGUCACUGUCCAGUUACCACGGGGAACAGAUCAGUGGGGACACACCAGCUACCCAAGUGCCAUAUGACCUCAUAUUGAAUGGACAGAGGAGCCAGAAGCAGCAGGAGCCCAGGAUACCAAAAGUUAAGGACUCAUAUAAUAGCCAGAGCAAGAUGUUUGUCCCCAUUGAUGAGAGAGAGUACAAUAGGAAGCCCAACCCAGGAGAGCACAAAGAAGGGUUGGCAGAACUGAGGACCUCCCAAGCCAGUGGGAUGAGCAAUGCUCCCCAGGUCAAGGGAAUGGAAGACAUACUUAGGAACAAAUACCUCAAACUCCUGCCAGAGAAGGAACAGGUUUUUCUAGAAAACCACUCUAGAAAAAGGAUGAGGCACUCUCUGCAGUAUCUUAACACCAAUAUAGUCAAAGAACUGGAAGAUCCCCUUCUAAAAGACCAGCCCGCAUCAGCCAUUGCCCAGAGCUGUGAACCAGUCAAAAGCAAAUUCAUUAUAGACGACAGGCCUAUGGAAGCUCAGGAUAUUGUGACAGCUGUUGGACAGAUCCUGGUGGAGAAACUGGGACUUCACCAAGGACUUCCUGCCUCAGAGUUAAAUCAGCACAAAAAACAAUUCCAGGCCCCAGUAGGUGGGUGUUCUUCCUACCACAGAGUACUCUCCUCCCCAGAGCAGAGAAGAGUGAUGGGAAAAAUGGCUUAUGAUCACCAAGUCACCCCCAAUGGACACAACUCUCCUAACAAGAGCAAGUGGACUGGAGACAGGGACAAUAAGUGGGCCUUCCCACCCAUGGAGCCAGGGUCCCCAGGGAAACCCUGCCAGCAUGGGCCAAGAGUAGCAGAGGCCUCAGACCACCUUCACCAUUACCCAACAGGCUAUCUUCAAAAAUGUCUCUCCUCUGGUCAACCAGAGUAUGCUCACAACCUUCCUGAUAAGAAAAUUUUUCUCCAAGAAACAAUUCAGAACAUGCAGAGAAAACCUGUUUUCUCUCAUGUUAGCACAUCUUCUAUGUGCUAA